AUGGCUCCAUCAACAAGACAAGUUGAGGUUAAGAACAAAGGAAAAUUUGUUACUGCUUAUAUCAUUGAUCAGCCAUAUGGUGAAAUGAGUCCGAAAAUUAUUGAAAAGAUUUAUCAUGAACUUGAAGAAGAAGUUGUUGUGUUUGAUAGAGAAAACCGUUCCUUGAAAGUUAAGUUCAAUCGAUCAAUUCAACAUCCUCUUAUUGUUGGUGGGUGGUCAGAAAUGAGAGCUCAUUAUGGAAUUGAUAGAAACAGAAUAUUAGUCAUGACUUAUGUGGGUAAAAACCGUUUUAUACUUGAUUUUCUAAAUCAAGAGUUUAAUCCAAACAAGUUGCCUACUUACCAUAGUUAUUAUCACUUUGCUGCUGAUCCUGUGACAUUUAAUGUCACACUCACUCCUUAUCUUGCUUCUGUCUCUCAGUUGUCCUUAAACAAAGACUUUGCUACCUACAUAAGGAAUUCUGGAUUCGAUAGUGUGGUUCUCUAUGGUCCUCAAGGUGAUGAGGUACCUUGCAAACUUGUGCUGAGGAAUUCUAGAAAUAAAGAGUACACAAAAAUUGGUACAGGUUGGAAGAAUUUCAUUAAUAUAAAUGGAUUUGUUGCUGGAGAUGUGCUCAACCUUAAGUUUGUCAACAAAGCAAAUAGCAAUUUGAUGAAAGUUGUCAAAAUCUAA